AUGGACAUAAAAGGAGAUAUUUUAGAUAAAAUUCUACUUCUAGAAGCCUCUACUUCUAAAGAACCUAGUUCUAGUUCAGUUAACCAAACAUUCUUUGAACAUUCAUUUCGCGAUGAAAACGACAUUCAUCUUCCAAAAGUAAAACUUCCAGAAUUUGAUGGAACUUAUGAAAAUUGGUCAAUGUUUCAUGAUUUGUACACUAGUAUGAUUCAUAUAAAAACCAAUAUCUCUAAUGCACAAAAGCUUUAUUUUCUAAAAAAGUGUUUAAGUGGCGAUGCUGAAGCUCUCAUUCGAUCCAUAAAGUGCACAAAUGUCAAUUAUGCUACUGCAUGGAAAACUCUUUGUGAUCGUUAUGACAAUAAAAGGUUUCUUGUUGAUUCUUAUCUAAAAAUUCUAUGUGAGCAACCUGAUAUGCAAAAGGAAUCAUCUUCUUCUAUUCGUAAGCUUUUGUAUACUACAAAAGAGUGUUUAGAUUCAAUUAGUAAUCUUGGUGUUUCGACAGAUUCGUGGGAUCUCUUUGUUAUUUUUCUAAUAUCCCAAAAAUUAGAUAAAUCAUCUCGACGAAAUUGGGAAAAUUUUCUGGUGCAUAAAAACUCAAGUUUCAAAAAUAAAACAAACGAGUUACCAAAACUCGAAGAUUUUUUCACUUUCCUAGAAGAUUCUUUUCGUUCCUUGGAAGCCGUUGAAACCAAGAUCUCAAUACAUAGCAAAGAAAAGACAACGAUUCCUAAUAAAACUCAAGUUUGUUCAAGAUCUUUGCAUACUUCGAAGCGCAAUUUCAAAACUCCAUCUUGCAUUUGCUGUCACGAAACACAUUACCUAUAUCUUUGUCCACAAUUUAAGGCUUUUUCUUCCGACAAAAAAAUAGAGUUUGCAAAAAACAAUAAUCUUUGCCUAAAUUGUCUUGUCCAAGGACAUACUGUAUCACAGUGUAAAAUUAAAUACAACUGCCGCAUAUGUAACAAACGUCAUCAUACUUUAAUGCAUAUUGAAAACAAUAAUUCUUCCAGUGUACAAAUUUCAAAUAAUGGUACUUCCAAAACACAGUCUCUUGUGUGUACUGAUUCUACUGCCAUGACAGUUCCUCAAAUACUUCUUGCCACAGCAAAAGUAAAAAUUUCUACACCUUCUGGUGAUCAUUUUCUGAGAGCUCUUGUUGAUCAGGGAUCUCAAUCUUCAUUCAUAACUGAAAGAUGUGUUCAACGUCUUAAACUUAAAAAAUAUCCGUUUAACUGCGUAGUCAGUGGAAUCGGAUCAUCAAUUUCAAACGUCUGUAAAAGUUUUGUAGAAUUUCUUUUGAAAUCUUGCACAAAUUCUAGUUUCGAAACGCUAGUAAAAGCACUAGUUAUGUCAUCCAUUAGUGACUACCUACAAAGGUAUCCAGUUUCGUCAACUUUACCAAAAGAAUUCGACAAUAUUACUCUAGCUGAUCCAUCUUUUUCUGAGCCUGGUAAUAUAGAUAUUCUCAUCGGUGCUGAUAUCUUCCACGAAAUAAUUCUGGAUGGUGUAAUAAGGCCUCAAAACGGACCUUUAGCCCAGCAUACUGAACUGGGUUGGAUAUUAUCUGGUCCUAUUAAUUCAAAAAAUAGUUUAUCUAUUGAAAACACAAGCUCAUUCCAUACACAAGUCAAUGCAAUUGAUAAUUCACUUCGAAAGUUCUGGGAACUAGAAGAAGUUUCUACUUCAAGAAUUUCUACUCCUGAAGAAACAGCUUGUGACAAUUACUUUCAAAAUACAUUUUCUCGUUCUGCUAAUGGAAGAUAUAUAGUAAAACUUCCUUUCAAAUCCAAAGUGCUCAAUGAAGACUACCCGAUCUUUAAAAAUUCCUUGCUUAAUGCGCAGAAAAGGUUCACUCAUCUCGAACAAAGAGUGUUUCCAAAAAAUCAAACUCUUAAAGAAGAGUAUUCAAAAUUCAUUAAUGAGUACAUAAGCCUCAGUCAUAUGAAAUUAAAAUGUAAUCUUCAAGAUCUUCCUCCAACUGAAAAUGGUUUCAUACUACCACAUCAUGGAAUAUGGAAGGAAAGUAGCUCUACAACAAAGUUAAGAGUUGUAUUUGAUGGAUCAUCAAAACCAGUCAACUCCACUUCUCUCAAUGAAGAGCUUCUUCCCGGUCCAUCCUUAUAA